AUAGAAGUAGAAAGUAGAAUAGGAUUACUAGUGAUGGAAGGGAGAGAGUAGGGGGGAAAGAGGGAGGUUGGCUAAUCGGUACCAAAACACAAUUACAUAGGAGUAAGUUCUAGUGUUCUACAAUGCCAUAGGGUGACUAUAGCUUAUUACUAUAUAUUUCAUAAAGAACAAGGAGAGAGGAGGUUCCCAAAACAAAGAAAUGAUUAAGGAGACAGGGUGCUAAUUACCCUGAUUUGAUCAUUAUACAUUAUACAUAUACACAUGCAUCAAAUUAACACAGCACUCAUAAAUACGUACUAUUAUUAUAUGUCAACUCAAUUUUUUUAAGUGGCAACUAAGUUAAUAUCUCUAAUAUAGAGAAAGCUCCUAAAGGUAAUUUUUUCAAAUACAAAGAAUAUAAACACAGAAUUCAUAGAAGAGGAAACACCAAUGCUCAAUAAACAUAUAAAAAGAUCUCAACCUCACCAGUCAUGGAAAUGCAAAUAAAACAACAGUGAGAUCCAAUUUUUCACCUAUCAGAUUGGUAAAAAUAUAAACACAGAUAAUAUCCAGUGCAGGCAAGGGCCUUCUUGGUGAACAUAUAAAUGUCAACAAUCUCUUUGAAGAGCAAUCUGAUGAUAGUAGGAAAAACUUUAAAGCCCAUAUUCUUUGACCCAGAAAUCCAAUAAAGAUGAAACAGCCAUUAGUGUCUCCCUGUGUCUCUGUUCCCCAUAUUCUUCUCUCCAGUACACUUCACUUGAUUUACUAUUUAAUUCCAAAGCAACUGGACUCUCAUGCUGCAGUAGUCUUCAUCACAUUCUAGCCAGCCGAAAGUAGUACCUGGAAUAGGAAAUGGCCUCGCAGUCCUGGAAGGCUUUGUCUAACAAGUCCCCUUGUACUUUCAGGAGUCUGAGGCCAAGGACACCAGCAAAGUCAACAUUUUCUACAAAUCCCUGCGGCGGCUGACAAGGUGCAGAACACCAAUGGCACUUGGCCAAGGCUGCUAUGUCCUGGCCAUCCUACUAGUAAUUGUGGACAUCCAAUUUGGUGUUCCGGGAUACAUGCACAUCACUAGCUCAGUGUCCCAGGAAGGAAAGCGGCUGAAUUUAAUCUGUACUCUGUGGUAUAAGAAUGAUGAAGCUGAGGGGUUAAUAAUCUUUCUGUGCAAAGACAAGUUAUGGAACUGUUUCCCUGAGACCAGCUUGGAACAGCUGAGACUUAAACGGGAUCCUGGGAUAGAUGGUGUCAAUGAAAAAUCAUCUCAGUUGGUGUUCACCAUAAACCAAGCUACAACAUUGGACAGUGGGACCUACCAAUGCUGUGCCAGAAGCCAGAAGCUAAAUAUCUACCUUCAGGGCCACUUUUUCUCUGUUCUAGUCACAGAAACAGGGAAUUACACAGUGACAGGAUUGAAAGAAAUACCAUACCCUGAGUCCAGCCACAAGGAAAGCACUUCCAGUUCAGGCUUCCUUGAAGAAAAGAGCUGGGUGGUCCUGGUCAUCAGCCUGAUGACCCUUCAAGGUACGUCCAGAAUACGCUUAAGUGCUCCAACAAAAAUGCUGUAUUUUUGCUACCUUGGUUGUACUCCAGAAGAAGAUGGACAGGAAGCCCAGAGGGAGAGGAAAAUGUCCCUCAAGCCCUGACUAUAAGAAAGUACAAGCCAAUAUGCGAGUAAAACUGGUUCACAACCACAGGAAGACCGAUGAAUCAGACUUUCCACUGGGCGGGUGGUCAGACUUGUUAGGAAAGGCCUGUGAGAGAGGCAAGUAAAUACAAUAGCCUCUACUCGCUGAAUGAACCGAAACUAUAAAUUGAGGCAACAGAUCUUUUGGCUAUUGCAUGAGAUGAACACGGCAGCAGACAGUUGGUCUGGUGGUGGGAUUUGAACAAUGCAGCUCCUCAGCAAAGUUGAUGGUCAGACUAAGUAUAUUAAACACAUGUAGCUGAGUCCUCUAAGCACCAUUUAUCAAUAAUGGAUAAGGAUUUUUCCUAUUAGAGAAAAAAAAUAGAACUUCCAAUAAUUUGUCAUUAUGCUUUUGCAAAAGCUACCAGUUUGAGUGCCACCAGAAUGUAAGCUCUAUAAAUGCAAAGACUUUGUCUUGCUUACUUCAACAGAAAGAUAGUACCAGACACAUGGUGGGCUCUUAAUAAAGAGCUUGUAUGAUGGAUCAGAUACUUUACAUAUGGUGAGUCAUACAACCCUUUCAAGCAAACAUCCCAAUUAUUUUUCAGGAAACACACAAAGAAGUAAAAUGUUGCCCUCUACAUAAAGGAUUUUUCACUCUAAAACUUUACACUUUCAGUAAUGGCUUACUACAUACAGAGCACCUCUAUAUCCAGCACAACCCUCCCCAUUUCAGACUGCCUCUUCCCUUAUUCAGAACCAGCAAAAACUCCCUAUUCUAGCUCCUUAACUAUGAACCAUCAAAAUAAAACAGACACCUUACUUGUAAUCCUUGGGAAGGACCUGCCAAAUGUAAAACUGUGCCAGUUUUCAUCUGUAAAUGUGAAUACCAAGCAGGCUCAUCAUUUAUUGGACCCAAAUUUCCUUGGAUGGUUAGGUUACUUUGUUACUAGUAAAUUUUACUUCUUCAGGCACAAUAAAAACUAAAGAGAAAAGGGAAAUUGAGUCCAGCCAUACAUACAUCCUAUUACCAUUUAUUGCCUUUGACUCCCAAGUUAUUCUAAAACAAAAAACUCUCUGAGCUCUCUUUCCUUUCCCAGUUAGGUAAAGAAUGAACCUUCAAAUCUAACUGGGUUGAGGGUGUGGCAUAAGUGGUAGAGCACUUGCCUAGCAUGCAUGAAGCCCUGG